UGUUCGGUUUAUGUUUAACAUGUUACAUGACUAUAAUUAAGGAAAUUUAAAGAAGCUAAUUGGACCAUACUUUCAGCACAAUUUUUCAAUUAUAAUUAAAAAAUGGCUCCGACAGUAUGCUUGCCGGAAUUAUCAGUUGUAAAAAGUACAGAAAACCUUUAUACGUGUCGACGACAAAAGAUUAGUCGCGUUAUUAAAGGGAAACAACAGAGACAGAAAUUAAAGCGAUUAACUAACAUCGUCGAGAAUCCCAUUGUUGAAAAAUCAGUAACAACAUCGUCAAUGAAGAAUUUUCUUUAUAAAGAUAAUAAUUGUCAUGAGUCCGUUGAUAUAAAUAUUUCAUCAUCAAACAUUUCAACGAAACUUUUUACAGAAUUGAAGGAACACUGUGAUGUAAUAUUUCCUAGAUGUGAAGGUUUAUUUAGUAUCGUCGUUCGUACACUGGCUCUUGUACGACGUAAUCGUAUUCUUCAGGAACGAGUUAAUGCUUUACGUGCAGAGACACAUGAUUUUAUUCGAUCGAUUUUAAACAAUCCACAAAAUAAAUAUAAACAAGAACAAGAUACUAUAGAAACAAAUCAUUGCAAAGAUUCAACAGUUUCGUCUUCCACAGAAGAAAUCGUUUUGAAGCCAACGUUAUUACAUGUCCCAUCUUCGAGGAAUUCUUCGCCGGAUAUUGUUACGUCCACGUGUCAGAGUCCUUGGGAAAAUGAAGAUUAAUUUAAUCUUCAUAUGAAGAAUUUUACAAAUAUGUGUGUACAUAUAAUAUUUUAUAUUAUCUAAUGCCUAUCUCUUUACUGAAGAUUAUCAGAAUAAUGAGGCUUAGGAUUAUUUAUUUAUUAAUUUAAUAUCGAAUGAAAUUUUUUUUUUAACUAAAAUGGAUAAUUACUAAUACGUCUGUUAUUAUAUCCUGUUAUAUUAACAGAUUAAAUAUUUUGUUU